GUCAUUCAGUUUUGACUUUUGUCAAGUAAGUUUUGUCAUCGGUUCACGUCAUUUGCAUCGCAUCGCAUUCAUAUUAGUUGAUAAUAAAAACAAUCUAAAAAUGUUUUAUGAAGCCUUUCAGGCUGGUAUUUGGGCUUCGGUUGGAAGUGCGUUAGGAAAAUUAUCAGGGAACGAAAUAAUAGUUGGCGACAGUUAUCUGAUCUGGGGUGCUCUGCUGGUGCUAAUGGUGGUGGUGAACACGUGGGGUUGCAGACACUACCUGCGCUCUCUGGAUGCUGCCACCAACUCCGUCGCCCCCACUGUCAUAUCAGCUGCCUCCAGCUACGUGCUGUCGGGGGUGGUCGGAAUUACCAUAUUCGAAGAAGAAGCCUCAGUGCGAUGGUGGAUGGGUGCCGUGCUGAUACUUUUGGGAUUAGGUCUAGUGGCCCGGCCGAGAAGUAAGCAAAAGAGUCAUUGACACACAUAGCUAUGUCGCUAUAAAGUCACAUGCAAGUAUGUAGUUAGCAAAAAUAGCACGUUUCGCGUACCUAUGUAAGCGUAGUUGUGAAUUGCAAAAUCGAUAACAAUAUGGAAUCCUAUUGCCAUAAAACUGCUGUUGUAUUUAAUAAGAUUACACAUUACAUAGUACCUAUUUUGGACAACACUCAACGGCCCACACUAAGCAUUAAGCUUGCACCAUUUGCAAUAUUGAAGGAAGUUUCUUGAAUGACGAGCUCAGUAUGUCCAGCUGUGAUUUCUGUUGAUUGUUACUUGUAAUUUAAAUUCAUAAAUAAUACUACUGUAUCCUGAAGUUUAUGUAGCUAUAUUAAUAGGUACUUUAUUAGAUUUAAAUACUUAGGUAUCUACUUUUAUUAUCUGCACAGAUUCUGUAUGUUCAUGUAUCAGUAAGUAUUAUGUUAAUUUAUUUACCACUGAACUUAAUAUUAUUUUGUUACUUCAUUUUUAAUGUAUUACCACGUUUUUUAUUCUUAUAAGAAGUAAAGUACUUAGAAAGUA